AUGAGGCACUUCUCAGACCUUGAACUUAGGCAGAAAGCUGGCUGGACUCUGCAAGCCAGAGAAAAACCAAACUUGAACUUCAGCGCCACCUUUGGGAAAACUAAAGAGAGGCUGACAGUGCUAGACCCUGGUCCGUCGCAGGAUCCAGAGAAAGCAUACAAGCUCAAGACUUCUGCCACAAGAGGGCGCAAGAAGCCGCCGCGGCCACCUCUGCUGGGGACCCUCGAGGCCGUCGUGUCCCGCCCGGAGAACAAUGGGGCUCCGCGUGCGCGCGCGGGGGCGGGGGGGGGGGGUGGGGGCUGGGCCAUGUUCAUCGCGGGGACGCUGCUGGUGCUUGCGCUGCUGAAGGCGGUUGUGGACAGCAAAGACCUGGCGGGCUCUUCAAGCAGACAACCUUCCACAUUCCCCCGUACCUCUACUACGGAGCCAGGGAAUACCACAUUCGUGUCUUCCGUCAAUAAAAGUGAAUCUUCCCACAGCACUGUGGAACCCUCUACAAAUCCAGUUUCCCCAGUGACAAACACCGCUGCGAAAUCCUCAGCAAAGCCAUCAGCUCCAGUUUCUUCAAAAAGUGUGACAGCCGUCACCUUGAAACCCACAGCAACUUCUCAGAUGACAACACAAGGGGUCUCAGCAAAUAUGUCUUCCACCACCUUAAAGUCUACACCCCAAAUAACAAGUGUUUCACAACACACAUCCCAGAUGUCAACAUCCACGAUGGCCACAACCCACAACAGUUCAGUGACAUCUGUUUCUUCAUCAGUAACAAUCACAGCAACUAUAAAUUCUAAAGAAAACAAAGGAUCAAACUUUGAUAUUGGCAGCUUUGUCGGUGGUAUUGCAUUAACACUGGGAAUGUUAUCCAUUCUUUACGUUGGAUGCCGAAUGUAUUAUUCAAGAAGAGGCAUUCAGUAUAGAACCAUUGAUGAACAUGAUGCCAUCAUUUAAGGAAAUCUAAGGACCCACAGAAAGAAGAUUGAUGCAACCCUAUCGAUUAGUUUAAGCCAAUAUUCUCUUUUAUAAAAGAGUAUGAACAGGUCAUGCACAUAAUGUACAAUGUUUUACAUAAAUAUUCCUCAUGAUUACUAAAGGUAAAAAAGGUUUGGUUUGGGUUUUUAAUGAACAUUUGGAGCGUACAGUUAACACAAUGGUUAUAUUCACUUUUAGAAAAUAUGGAAGACAAGUCCUGUCGCAUUUUCUUGUGGCAUUGGUCACACAGGGCCAGUAACUGGAAGACAUUUCAAAUAGGAGCUCGUCACACACUCAGGAUGUUGACUGUCUUUAGAACUCAGUGCUGCUCAGAGCUGGAUAUAGUUCACUAAUGCCACACAGCAGAAAUGUUACGAGUAAACCAGGUCAUAAGCAUGAUUUUAGUUUGUGUCUCUUUAGAAAGCAUCAGUAUUUUAUGUUUUAAAGCAUAAUACUUGGUUUAGAAACAAAAUGCAUACAAACUCGAAAAAAAAAUCAAAUAAAAGCAGAAACCUUACUGGGGCUUAACCCUGUUAGUCUGUAUAUUUUUUUAAAAAACUCCUUUCGAGCUUUCAAUGGCAGUUGAUAUAAUUAUCUUUUUUCCCUCUGUGAUUUCAGCAAACUGCAGUGUUUACCGUAAUAGUGUUUUAAAGACUUAGUUGUUAGUAUUAAAUAAGUUAGAUUAUUUGCUACUGUGAGAAUAGCCUCACUACUGGAAAUUGCUUUUUUUAUACCCAGCUAUUAAUUACAUGUUUGGUGAAUAUUUAAAGAUAUGUAGAGCUGCUUUCAAUAUAUAGAAAUGUUUAAUGCAGCAUAAACACACGUAAUUAAAUAGAAAAUAUUUAAAAAAGAACAACUAAACUGUUUUUUUUUUUU